UACAUGACUGAGGGUCUGUCGCUGUCCCAGGCAAACAUAAGAGUUUGUGCUUUAGGGCAGAUCACAUCGAUUCAGUCCCACAUCAAUAUAGGAGAAGAGACACUCCUUUCAUAAACAGCUGUUUCACUGGUGAACAUUGCUCAGGUCAUCAUGCGUGUGCUGUACACUGACCUGGAUAAAGAGAAACAGCAGCAGGCUCUGGAGCUGAGCUUAGAGGCACGAGGAGAGUGCUUUGACCUGGGAAAGAAGAUCAGCAUUCCUCAGGAUGUGAUGAUGGAGGAGCUGAAACUGCGCUCAAACAGAGGCUCCAGAAUGUUCCAGGAGAGACAAAAGAGAGUGGAGAGGUUCACGCUGGAGAGUGUUGGGGGAAGAUCCGAGCCUCUCUUACAUGAGGAGACAGAGGUCCAGCAGACCGAUACCAACCCACCCGAGACACCCAAAAAAGGAAAUCCAAAUGUUCUUGCACCAGGUUAUUCUGGGCCCCUCAAAGAGGUUCCUCAUGAGAAGUUCAAUGUUACAAUCGUCCCCAAGUCCUACUGCUCUCCCUGGGAAGAACCAAAUGACAGUGUGGCACUGCUAGCAAGCAUUAAUGCCAACCUGCCGGAGCCUCCCCAGAAACUCACCUCUGCCAGCUACAAAUGCUUCAACAGAGCUCCUAUGCCUUUUGAAGGGACAGCAGGUAGUAUGAGGAUGCUGCCUCUGCCUGGCUUUGAGAUGAUGCAGACUUUCACAGAGCCCAAGCUCACCUGGGAGAGAGUGUGUGACCGACCCAACUUCAAUCGCGUACCUGCAGGAUGGAAAGCUCUAUGCGAGACAGCCGAUCUCUAAAAACUGCCCUAGAGAAGAGCUGUUGAGAAUGUUUGCACACGUUGGGUGCUGACCCAUCACGUGGACAUGAGAUUCUGCAGACUUCAUCCGUUUGCAUAUGUAUGGAAUGGAAUCACAUCAAUUGCAAUCUGAGCCAAUGGGCACUAAGCAAUGCCUGCUAAUUAAAGUUUACAUGUGUGGUUUCAAUACAGCUGAUUCACUUUUUUCAAGCAAUGUUUAUAGAAUUGCAAAUUUCGAACUUCAGCAUAAUAUGAGAAGCCAAAUUUAAUUGACCACCAAAUCUUACAGAAUAACCUUUCCAAAGAAACUUGAAUAUUUAAUACUGUCCAUUUCCACUAAGGUGACAAAUGCAUUCUAAAACAUGGAAUGGAAAGGUUAUGGAAAGGUGAUCCUCAUUCAUACUUACAUUGGUCACUGAGUGCUGAGAACAGAAGCCUAUAGACUGCUAGCGUGGUCAACAGUGGCCCCAUGUGGAAUUUAUUGGUCAUUGCAACCAACUCUUAGCUUUUUAAACAAGACUGUAUAAAAAGCAUGAUACACAUGUCAUUAAAAAAAACAUACAAAUUCAGAAUUACCCUUUCUACAUACCAAAGCUCUCUAAACAGACUAAUAAAAGGUAACAAAGGUAGACAUGAGUGAAAACUUUAAAAAGGU